AAAGGGGGGAAUCCCUGGAUCUCCUAGAACCCGCGAAUCCUUCGGCGGGGUUAGGCGAAGGCGAGCCUUGGUUAGAGAAGUGCCCAAAUUUCAAAGGUCCUCCGGAAGACCCGCCCUUCGCCGCGGCACUCUGGGGCGUUGAACGGGAUCCGCUGUGAUGCGUCUGUCCGGGUUGUUGUUUUUUUUGGGGGGGGGGGUUGUCGCCAUCCCGUUUAUCGAGCUGGGGCGGGGUAAAGGGGUGCCUGCCUGCUGUCCAAAAGAGAAAUGGAUCCAGAUAUUGGGGGAUGAGAGAAGUGGGGAGGGGGCGUGCCGGAUCCCUUCAAGCGAUCCUUACCCAAUGCAUUAAAAAAGAAAUAACUUUUGCAAGCGUUGCAGACGCAGGCGGAAGAGCAAUGCAGAUUUGGAGGAGGAGCAAGGGGGGGGGUCAGGCAGCUGCCUGCCUCCAUCCAAGCCUAACAGUGAGUGUGUGGUGGGGAAGUGGGGUCUGAUCUCGAUCUCUCCCGCCCCCCUUCCAAUUUAUUAGGAUGGAGGAGAGUGGGAAGGUCAAGCCGCGGUUGCCACUGAACUGGGAAGAAAGUUGCUGCGCAGCAGCGGGAAAGGGCGCCUGGUCCCCCCGGGCAGCGCUAAUCCAAAGAGCCAGAACCCUGGUUUUUUUUAAUUUUUCUUACUCCCCCCCCCCACAAACACAAACACAUUGGCGUAGCCAGGAUUUAUUUAAGGGGGUGGAGGGUGGGCAGGGUUUAUUUUGGGCGAAGGGCGGGACCAAGUUAUCUGCAAUGCAAUUGGUCAGUUAAGCACUUUUAUUUAUUUACUUGAUUUAGGGAGGAGCAGUUGACCCCCACCCCCAACGAUGCCCAUGCGCACACAGUACUGGAACUUGGUAUAGCUUCUUGAUCACAGGAUUGCAGGGACUGAGGAGUCCCUCUCUGGGGACAGAACCAAUUCCCCACCUUUCCCCUGGUAGCUCUUUAAACGGCCUAAGGUCCGUUUAAACAACAACAACAACAAGGUCCUGCCAGCACUAAGGGAGAUUGUAGCCUACCUAUCCCCGGCUUUGACACACUCCUGGAGAAAAAGGAAGGGGAAUCUUCCCGCUUCCUGUUCCUUCUGGAAUCUUUGCUCCAUCCCCUAUUCCCUAUAUGUUGUAACUGAGCCAAAAAGUAGGCAUAGUGGAAAUAAUCGCGCGAUCUUCCUCUUCCUGCUUCUUAUAACCAACUUGCUGACUUCCAUUUCCUCUGUUUGCCCGUGCCUGCAUUUAGGAGCCUCCAGACUCUUUGUGUGUCGUAAAAUGUCUUCCUGCAUAAAUUUAGAUCCACCUCUAUUCUAACCUGCUGCAAUGCAGGAAUCUCAGCUGAAGCAUCCAUGACAGAAGGUCACCCAACCUCUGCUCAAAAACCUCCUCCGUUCAACGUUGCUCCUGUGACUUCCAACACCGUUCCACUCCUUUGCGCAGCAUGGAACCUCAUGUGUUGCUGCAGCUGCUGAAGUUACACCUUGAGGUAUUGGUUGCCGUGCUCCACUCAGCGAUCAGCCGAUGUAACGCCUAUCUUAUGAGUAUCAGAAGGCGGCAGAGAAGGAGAGUGCUGAUAGGGCGGGCGAUUCAGAACCACAUCUUGAGGACCAGGCGCAUCAUUCAGAGGAGGAGGAGCUGCAGACAUAUGGUUCCUAUCGUCACCUUGUUGGAAAGCGGGCCGAAAUUGCGGCGCUGGUGGGUCUGCCCCACCAAGCAGCAUUGGUGGGAGCGUUCCAUGCUGGGGACCCGGGACGACGAAACGUGGAUCGAGAGCUUCCAGAUGAGCCGAGGGACCCUCUUCGAAAUUGCGGACGUCCUCCGACCCCAGCUCCAGAGGCAGAGAACUAUCAUGCGGGAAGCCAUCCCCGUCGAGAAGCGGGUCGCUAUCGCCGUGUGGUGGCUUUCUAAUCUGAAGUGCUACCGCGAAGUUGCCGCGCAGUUUGGAGUCGGGAGGUCGACGGUGGGAGAGAUCGUUCUGGAGGUGUGCUUUGCCAUCAAGCACCUGCUCGUCCAGAAGACAAUCUAUUUGGGCGACUACUGGAAGAUCAUGGAUGGUUUCAGGAAGAUGGGAUUCCCUCACUGCGUUGGCGCGAUGGACUUGACGCAUCUGUCCAUAAUAGCCGCUACAGGUCCAGGAGACGAGUGCAACAAGCCAAAGAAUUUCUGUUCCAUUCUGCUUCAAGGGACAACCGACCACACCGGCCGUUUCACGAACAUCGAAGUGGGAUGGAGCGGGAAGAAACACGAUGACGUGCAGAUCUUCCGCAAAUCUGCGCUGUGCCAGGCUAUGGACGAGGGCACCUUUGUCCCAGGGAACCCGACUAUCAACAUGCAGGGCGUGGAGAUCCCACCUCUAAUACUCGCCCAUAGCACCUACCCUAUGCGGAAGUGGCUCAUGAAGCCCUACGGAGGCCCCUUGGACCAGAGGAAGACCAUCUACAAUAGGACUUUCAACCACUGCCACAGCGUGGUCCAGCAGGCCUUUGGCAGGCUCAAGGCAAGGUGGCGUUGCCUCACUGCGAGGCUCCCAGUGGCAGAGGAGAACGUUUUGGCAGUGGUCACUGCGUGUGUCGUGCUGCACAAUAUUUGUGAGACCAAGGGGCACGCCGUUCCCGAAGGUGUGGACAUCUCUGAGCACGUCCUGUUGGCAGCAUAUAACGAGGACUGCCAUUUUUACGAAACCAGCAGUGAGUCGGGAGGCGAGGAGGUGCGCAAUGCGAUCUCACAUUACCUGGCAGGAAAUACUGAAUGCUGAAAUCUGGACUCUGCAUUUCGGUGUGUUUGGAAUUUAUUUUGUACAUCUAAUUGCCUUGGUUACGCUGACACAUUUCAUUUGUGUGUACGCCAUCCAAACUCUUUGAGUAAAGCUCAGGUUAAUGAG